AUGCAUUUGCCCGUGCUCGCUGGCUCUAUAACUGCUGCAGUUGCUUCAUUUGGUAUUCUGAUUGGAGUUGGUUACCUUCUUUGGAGACGGAAAUUGGCACAAGUUCGUUUGGAGAGAGAAGACUGGAGAAUAAACAAAGACGAUUUAAUUGCCCUGGCUGUUCACAAGUCUCUACACAGUAUAAAGACAAAUUUGAGCCGCAGUGCCUCGGUAUGUUCGUCGAGUGUCCGUUUGAGCCCUGACGUGAGGCAGAUCAAAUCUCGGCAGUCAGACGACAGGACCGUGUGUCACGCCAGCUUCUCGGAGCAGACGACACUCGCCCUGUACGACAACCAGAAAGUGGUCCUCAAGGCCGUGGCCAGACACAACAUACCGAUAACCAAGGAAGUCGUCAUAGAAAUCAACGCUAUUCGACAGCUACUCCAUCCGAACGUCAACACUCUGAUUGGCGCAUUCGUGGAACCCGACAACAACGGCUUGGUGUGGCACUACUGUUCGAGAGGAAGUCUUCGGGACGUUUUACUUGACGAGGACAUCAAUCUAGACUGGAUCUUCAAAAUCUCAUUCGCAACUGAUAUAGCACGGGCCAUGAUCUACAUACACAAUUCCCUAGUGGAGGUUCACGGUCGGUUGAAAUCUUCCAAUGUGUUGGUCGGCAGUCACUGGGACUGUAAAGUCGGAGACAUGGCGAUGCCCUACUUCAGAAAAGAUGAAGUGGAACCCGAGCAGACGCAGUCCAAAUAUUUCAAGUACCUAUGGACCGCGCCCGAAUUACUCCGAAAGGAAGCCCCAAACCGGAAGGGAACUAGAAAAGGAGAUGUGUAUUCCUUCGCCAUUGUUGUUCAAGAAAUCCUUACGCGCUCAUUACCAUAUGGACAUAUUUUGCAGGAACGUGGGGAUAGCAGGACAAUAGAACAAAUUCUUGGAAGGAUCAAUAAUGCUGAAAUACCACUAUUUCGACCGCACGUGCAACAAACGACCAAGGAGGAGGGGCUUCUGGCUGACGUCAUGCGACAGUGUUGGGAUGAACUUCCAAAUAAUAGACCUACAUUUCAGCACGUUCUUCAGUUAUUGACAAAACUCAAUAAAGGGAGAAAAACAAACAUCAUAGAUCAGAUGAUCCACAGAAUAACGAAAUAUUCUGAACAUCUUGAGACUAUGAUACAAGAGAGAACACUGUUAUUAAACGAAGAAAAGAAGAAAAUGGACCAAAUAUUGUCCAAGAUGUUGCCACGCGCUGUUAUUGAAGAUCUAAAACUUGGGAAAUCAGUAGAGCCGGAGUCUUUUCUGUCGGUGACGGUUUUCUUCUCUGAUGUGGUUGGUUUCACACAGAUGGCAGCAGAAAGUACUCCGUAUGAGGUUGUGAAUUUUCUGAACAGCUUGUACACCAUGUUUGAUUAUGUGAUCGACCAUUUUGAUGUUUAUAAGGUGGAGACUAUUGGAGAUGCGUAUAUGGUGGUGAGCGGUCUUCCCAUUCGAAAUGGCAUCAAUCACGCCGGGGAGAUAGCUUCUGUAUCGUUACAGCUGCUGAGCUGUGUGGACAAAUUCAAGAUUGCGCACAAGCCCCACCUAAAGCUGAAACUCAGAAUAGGAAUCCACAGCGGUCCAGUGGUGGCCGGUGUCGUAGGACAGACGAUGCCGCGUUACUGUUUGUUUGGAGACACCGUCAACUACGCCUCCAGGAUGGAGUCUUCCGGAGAAGCCCUGCGGAUCCACGUCAGUUCUGAAUGUAAGCUGCUUCUGGACGAGCUGGGAGGGUACCACCUCAAGAAGAGGGGAGAAAUUUCACUCAAGGGAAAAGGCAAAGUUGUAACAUACUAUCUGGUGGGCAAAGAAGGCUUCGUUGAUUACAUGUUUCUUGGAGUUUCCUGGAUCCUACUCCUGUCAUUCCCCUGUGUGUCACCCUACACAUUCACCAUGGCUAUCAUAGUCCCUCUGAGCGGACCCAAGAGAAUGAGCAUGACAGACGUGGAGGCAGCAGUCAACAUCACCAUUGACAGAUUGUCCAGAGAUCCUUCCCUCUCAGCCCUAUUGCUUGCUGGACAUGACUUUGACUACAUCGUGAGAGACUCGAGGUGUAACCGAGGUGACGGACUGUACGAGUUUACCGAGAUGGUAACCCAUCAAAUGAAGGCAGGAUCGCACAAAAUACAUGUCGUCAUAGGUCCAUCUUGUGAUGACGUCUGUGAAUCGGUUGGGUUGCUAGCUAGUCGGUGGCAUCUUCCCGUUAUCAGUUUCGGGUGCUGGAGCGAUAAUUUAUCAAAUCGGGACGAAUUCGCAACGCUUCUCAGAACGACAGGAAGUUUCGGUGAGAUCGGUUUCUUCGUGAGGAAUAUCAUGAAAUUCUUCAGCUGGGAACGCGUAACCUUGGUAACGGGGCCACAGUCAGCGUGGCUCUCAGCAGUGGUCAACAUAUCGAUGAUUAAACUUGGUGAAAAACAGUUUGUGUUGUUACGUGUAACUGUCAAUAUAAGGAAUGCCGUCUGA